AUGCAGCCCUAUCCAACUAAUGCAGCAAUGCCUGUUCGUUUUAUGGUACCACCAGGAUACAGACAACCUUAUCCUCCAUUUGUCAAUCCUAACUAUGAUCGUUAUGCUCUUAAUCCAGCAGGAGCAUAUCGCCCACAAGGUAUAACGCGUCCAGUAAAUUAUCCACCUUCCUAUGGACCAGGAGGAUAUCCUCAAGGUAAUAAUGCUCCAACACAGUCAGUUGGAACACAGCCAGCUGGAACACAACCAGCUCAAAGGCAACAAGCUCCAAUGCAACCAAAUACAGUACGACCUGCUAACACUGUGACGGGUGCUAAACCUGGUACUGAAAAAAAAGGUUUUUUUAAUCCAUUCGGCAAUAAGAAAAAAGAUUCUAUAGCAACAAUACCUGAAGCAAAGACACCUGUUGGUAAAAAAGAAUUUAAAGAUACUGCAUUUACAAUUGAUCCAGAUGGUACUAAAAAUGAUUCAAUUCGUGGUCUAGUAUCCAAUGAUGAUAUUAAUAAUUUAUUAAAACAUAAAGGUACAAAAGUUAAAGUUAAGAAAAUUUAUCGAAUUACAAAAACAAAACCAGAAGAAAUAGACGAUUCAAGUGAUGAUGAUGUAAAAACUAAAUCUAAACUAGCACCACCACCACCACCACCAGUUCAACGUCCACGUUCUUCUUCAACAGAUAGUUAUUGUUCGCAAUGUGACAAAAUGUCAAGUCAUGUUUAUGAUGAUUGUCCCAUAUGUCGUGCUCAACUACAGCAACAACAAGUCCAUGUUUAUGAUGAUUGUCCACAGUGUCGUGCAGAAGCUCAGAGACAAACACAUGUUUAUGACGAUUGUCCUGAAUGUCGUGCUGAAUGGGCUAGACGACAAGGAUAUCAAUAA